AUUUGAUGUCGCGGAGGUUUCGGAAAAGCCACAAAACACCAAAGAACCGCAGGAUCCGCCAGAAUCUCAUUAUAACUUCCUCUUACCGGAGCUGUAUUGAAAUCGGAAGCUUUAAAUAGAGAAUAUAUGUACACCCUGGAUUCUCUUGCUAACUCUGUACCACAUAUCGACUGCUUUUUGAGGUCUAUAUUACGUAAAUUCUGUUACUUCGAACGAAACGCUAUAAUCUAUACUUUAUCUUCUGUAAAAAAUAGCACUUUCCACAGCCAUCGGUUUUUCUUUUUUUUUGUUUUUUUUUUUGGAGCUGUUUAUAGCACAGAUUACUCUAUCAAGCAAACAUGUUCAAGAAAUCGAUGAAAUUCGUAGUCGUCUGUAUCAUCCUUGAUGCCGUUUUGUGCAAUCCAAUUCAAGAAACUGGCCUUCCGUAUACGCGUGCAACUAAAACAGCUGAUAUCAGCAAUACAUUGGAAGAACGUGCAACUAUUCCACCGGUCACGAUUCGCAAAACUUUAGAUGUUUACUCACAGCAGAAAGAUUUAAACGAUCUAUAUAUGAGGAUGGCGGGAACGAGUUGCGGCAAGCCAAGAUUAAAACUCAUCAACAUAUAUCAGGAACUUAACGUUGUAAGGGAAUUUGGCUAUAGUAUAUAUCCAGAAUGUGAACUGAUCCAAAGAUGUGAAGGAAGCGGAUGUUGCGGGAGUGUUGUAUCAGUAUGUGUUGCCGUCGAGAGAAGAAAUGUUUCUAUUAAGGUUCUAACGAAUUUGAGUGAUCCAGCGAAACCACCUUAUUUCCAGAACAUAAAUUUAGUAUCAGAUACAAAAUGUGCAUGUCGGCAAACUGUAUUACCCGAAAGAGCCUGUGCUGCACACAAGAAGCUGUCCGGAGAUGAGUGCGUCUGUCGUCAGCCAUGUGCGGCGCCCUUUAUACAAGAUCCAGAAACAUGCGAAUGUGCAUGUGACCAACAGUUAGAAGAAAAAAGGUGCAACAAAAUUUUAAACGGCGAAAGAUAUAUGGGAGGAAGUCAUUGCCAAUGUGUCCAAAAUGGAGAAUGUCGACCAAUUCAAUGCAAUGAAGGUUUAAUAUUCAACUCAAGAAUAUGUAAAUGUGAAACAAAAUACUGAGCUAUUUUAAUACAAUGGUAACGAUAAUCUAACUUGCAAUAACCGUUAUACCAACACCAACGAUCGAUACCAAAACCAAUGGUGCGCAUAUGGUGGUGAAUGGUAUAAGCACCAGUGAGUUAAUAAACAGGAUUUCUGCCCAGUAGCCUACCAGUUAUUGGUGACACAAAAGUAACCAUUAAUACAAUGGUAACUAUAACACGGCGAUCGAUACCAGAACCAAUGAUGCAAAUAAUGGUGGUGGUACCUGGUAUAAGCACCUGUAUGCUAAGAAAAAAUAUUUCUGCCCAGUAGCCUACAAGUUAACCACAAAAGUAACCAUUGAUAAAAUGCUAACGAUGAUAAAACCUGCAAUACGAUCGAUACCAAAACCAUUGGUGCAAACACGGUGGUACUUGAUACAAGAAUACUAAGAAAUAAAGCCAUAUUGUAAAUAUAGUACUGUAUGUAUAUUAAGCCCUGUCCAGACAGUCAAAUCUUAUGUGAAAAAAAAAAAAAAAAAAAA